CAAAUUUGAUUUUCUCUUUCACCAAUAUCUGCCUACUGCACUGCAGCUAUAUAUGCCCCCUCGGAAACUCUGGUUGCCAGUGUUGAUACUGAGGUUUUGCAUUCCUGAUUUCAUUGCCGAUUAGCAUCUAAGCCAAGUUUCUCUCUAUUGUUGCAACCAAAAAGAUGACAAAUAACUGAAAAAGAAUUACUUUAGGUAUGGCAAGAGAACGAGUCCUUCGCAUGAAUGAUGGUGUGGGAGAAACAAGCUACGCAGACAACUCAACAGUUCAACAAAAAGUGAUAUUGAAAGUGAAGCCUAUACUUGAAGAAAGCAUCAAGAGGUUGUGUUGCACCAAUUUUAAAAGUAAGUUGAGGGUGGCGGAUUUAGGAUGUGCUUCGGGACCAAAUGCACUUAUGGUCAUGUACGAUAUCGUAACUAUCAUUGAUAACACUAAACUAAGCUUAAAUCAAGAGGGACAAGUGAUUUGGUUGCAAAUUUAUCUCAAUGAUCUGUUUGAAAAUGAUUUCAAUAAUAUCUUCAAGUUGCUUCCUAGUUUCUACCAAAGGGUACAAGAAAGGCGAGAUGGAGUAGGUGCAUGCGUUGUCAAUGCAACACCAGGGAGCUUUUACGGAAGACUCUUUCCGAAUAAUUACAUUCACUUCUUUCAAUCUUCCUAUAGCCUCCAUUGGCUCUCACAAACCCCUGAAGAGUUGAUCAAGGGAGCAAAACCACUAAACAAGGGAAACAUUUAUAUAACAACUACAAGCUCUCCAAUAGUCUUUAAAGCAUACUUAGAGCAAUUCCAAAGAGAUUUCAGUUUUUUUCUAAAAUCACGUUCAGAUGAACUAAAAGUUGGUGGCAUUAUGGUACUAACUUUCCAAGGCAGAGAAAAAGCUCAUGAAAUUACUCAUCCUUUAGUGGUGAUUGGGAUGCUGCUCAAAGAUAUGAUAUUAGAGGGUUUGGUUGAGGAGACAAAGUUGGACUCAUUUAACUUGCCUAUAUAUUUUCCAACGAUGGAGGAAGUUAGAGAAGUUAUUGAAGCAGAAGGAUCUUUUACCCUACAAACAUUGAAAACUUUCAAACUGGGUUGGGAUGCAAACCUUCAAGAUGAAGUUAAUGGUUCUCUUCUUGAUAGUAAAAUAAGAGGAGAGUUCAUAGCUAAGUCCAUCAGAGUUGUUUUUGAACCCAUUUUAACUGUUGAAUUUGGCAAUGAGAUCAUGGAUGAAUUAUUCUCAAGGUUUGCAACUAAGAUUUCACAACUCAUAGAGUUCGAAGCAUUGGAGUAUACAAACUUGGUCAUGUCCAUGGGAAAAGCAUAAAGGGAAGGAGGAAGUGGGUGUAUGCUUUACUAAAGAUAUCUACAAUUAAUCCAAGUGGGUUGUAUCAUGAAAUUUACUUGAGCUACACUUCAUCAUGUUCAAUAUCUUGUUAGUCUCCAUCUUCAAAUCAACUUUAAAGUUUGAAUCUUGUACAUAUUGAUAAUUCCCUUGUACACUCUUUAAUUAUUUCCUCCUCGUGAUGUUGAGUUUAUCAACAUCAGUCACCACCUGCACACAUGGCUAAAAGAAGUACUAGCAAAAAGAAAUUGCAAUUUUUGUAAUAUAUAUCAAUAUUACAACAAGCAAAAUUUAGGUCGAUUCUGGGAAGACAUUCUACAUUAGAUUCAGAACCGAUGUAAUAAAAUUGAUGCUAAAUGAA